GAGCUUUCCUGCGCAAUGCCUAUUCUUGUCAUCGGGGCCGACGGCGGUCUCUUGGGGGUGCAGCUGGAGCCGGAAGGAGGGAGGGCGGGCGGACACAGAUGGCGCUCACCUCUGAACUCUGUUUGUUUCAGACUGCACGGCUCGUACGAGGCGCUCAAGUACGGCACCCUGCUGGACGGUCUCGCCGACCUGACGGGCGGCAUCACCGAGAGCAUCUCCAUCCGCCAGGACCCCACGCACUGCAGCCGCCUGCUCAACAAGCUCCUCGACAUGACGUCCCUCAUCACCUGCACCGUGCACGCUCCGCAGGUCCGAAAUCAGCCGGAAAAACUGGCAAACGGCAUCCACAUCGGUACGAACUACAGACUGUACGCGAUCGAGAGGGUGGAGACGCUGGGCGGCGAGGCUGUGCAGCUGGUGAAGUUGAGGCACCCGCAGGGCGCCGCCGACGUGGUGGGCGCCUGGUCCAGGGACUCCCUCAUGUGGGACGAGCUCCCCGCCGUGGAGAGGGACAGGCUCAGCGGCAAGCACCUCGGCGACGGAGAGUUCUGGAUGUCGUAUUCCGACUUCGUGAAGACCUUCUCCCACCUCGAGGUGGUUCACCUGGACUCGGACACCGCUCGCGACGAGCCGUCCCUGCACCAUAAGAACACAUGGCAGAUGAGGCUGUACCAGGGGGCGUGGCAGCGCGGGGUGUCCGCAGGGGGGUGUCGAAAUAACCCAGAGACAUUUCACAUAAAUCCUCAACUUCAUCUCAUCUUAUGUGAGAUGGAGGAAGUGAUCAUUUCCUUGAACCAGCAUAGUAUUAUGGAGCCCAAGGUGAUUGGAUUUACUGCAUAUUCCUUACCCAAAGCUGGCUCAGAGACUAUUGGAAAACAAUUUUUCAAAAAGAACAAAUCUCUUGUCAAUUCCCAGUAUACAAACAGUAGACAGGUGUCACACAGAUGUCAGUUAGAACAAGGAGGCUAUCUUGUUCUUCCCACAACAUUUGAACCUGGGCAAGAGUCGAGCUUUACUUUACGUGUGUAUUCAAGCAAGCCCCUAAAACUGAAGCUACUGGAUACUGUGCCAUCCUUAGUGAAAUCAGCUGUGAUUAAGGCGCCUGCUACAUUGGAUGGAAAAAGCUUCUCACAGUAUGAAGCAGUAUUUUUACAGCUUGCAGAUGAACAUAGAACUGUUAAUGCUUUUGAACUACAAGAGUUACUAGAUGCAUGUUUGCCCAAUGAUUACAUCAAGAGUUGUGCCUGCAUGGAGGUGUGUCGUCAAGUUGUCAUGUCUCUUGAUAGCACUGGGUCUGGUCGGUUGAAAUUAAGUGACUUCAAGGAUCUUAUGUGCAGCCUCAAGCAUUGGCAAUCAGCUUUUAAAAAUCACACAAGGGAAAAAACAGGAAUCUUAAAGGCAGAAAGACUGAGAGAUGCUCUAUUAGAAAUUGGUUUUCAACUAAGCACAGAUGUACUUUCUAUUCUCAUAUUAAGAUACAUGCGGAAGGAUGGAACACUACGAUUUGGAGACUUUGUGUCAGCAAUCUUGCAUCUCAGUGUUGCUUUUAAUAUAUUUGAAUCUAAAGAUCCUCUUCAAAAUGGAAGCAUAAAACUAAGCAUGGCUGAGUGGCUCAAAUCAUCACUAAUGUGCUAAAGAAAUGUGUACCUAAAAAAUAAAUAUCUGUCGCCGCAAAUCCAUCUCAGAAUAUUAAGUGUACCUGCCUUUUAAGUCAUGACUGGUGCUAAUUUGAUCUAUUCAGAAAGGCUUUAAGUAAUAAAUUGUGAAAUUAAUUGAUAUUUAGUUUAACUGUACAAAAGAUUAUAUUUUGUAGCUCAUGAGGACUUAGAUUAGAGAUGACUCAAUUGACAGGACGGAUAUUUAUUGGAUGUCUACUUGAAUGAGACUGAUAGGUGUUGACAGAAUUAGGGAAGGGUGGCUCUUUCCCAACAUUAACUUUGAAAUGAGUACACCUGAGAUAUCUUGUCAGGUUUAGAUAAAAGAAAAGCUAUUUUAGGUGUGUUCUCCAAGAAUGUUUCCAAGAUUGUGCAGUAGUUCACAUUGAACUUGUUUGAUGGUUUGUGCCAUCCAGUCAGUGUAAAAUAUGUUCUCAUGAGAAUUAUAUUAUAUUUAUGGAUGUAUGAUGCUGAUGCUGCAUCACCAUGCAUAUAUAGUUUGUACAAAUGCAUGAUUCAUUUUAUAAUGUAAAUAAUGUACAUAUUACAAUACUCUAAUGUAUAAUAAAUUAUUUGUAAAUUUAGAGUUAAGUCACCAGUCAUUGAAACUAACAUUGCCCAGGGUCGAGCCUUGUGUGUCUGGGCAACUGGGCAUUAGUCAGAACGCCAUAAAGUGUUCCAAUAACACAGAAAAGUAAGCUGUCUUUCCAAUCUCAUAGUCCAAAUUACGACAGAGAUUAUUUGUCUAGUAUGUACAGUUCAUAUGUCAUGAAUGGAACAGUAAUCUUCCCAAAAUGUGCAAUGUAACACAAUGAAACAAUAAACAUGUUGUACAGGCCACUCCUA